CUUGAGCGAGCCAAGCCAUCAUCCGCGAGUAGGGCUGGUUGAAGACAGGGCGCCCCACAAGUUUCACACAUCACUUUUUCCUCCGGGCAACAAGUUUAUAUUCUUCUCUUCGCCCGGGGACGGAGACGCGGAGUAAACAUGGCUGCCCUUUCAGCCUGGUUUUGGAAUGAAAGGUUUUGGCUGCCUCACAACGUAACAUGGGCGGACCUCGCCGACCAGACUCCCGGAGUGGAGUACCCCAAAGCUGGACACUUGUAUGCCGCCCUGCCGUUGGCUUUGGGGUUAUUCGCCGUAAGGAUGCUCUUUGAGAGAUUUGUCGCCAGUGCCUCUGCGAGGAGCCUUCACAUUCAUCCGGACGUUGGACGGAGAGCUCAGCCCAAUGCAGUGCUGGAGAAAGUGUUUACGUCCAUUACAAAGAGUCCAGAUUCCCGCCAUCUGGAUGGCCUAUCCAAGCAGCUGGACUGGGAGGUGCGAAAGGUCCAGCGCUGGUUCCGACAGCGCAGGAACCAAGAUAAACCCAGCAUACACACUAAGUUCUGCGAGAGCAUGUGGAGGUUAACAUUUUAUUUGUGCAUAUUUACCUAUGGCUUCCAGUUGCUCUGGCAGACCCCUUGGAUGUGGGACACGCGGCAUUGCUGGUACGGUUAUCCUUACCAGGUCAUGACCCCUGAACUUUACCGUUACUACAUGGCAGAGCUGGCCUUCUACUGGUCGCUUAUGUUCUCCCAGUUCACAGACAUUAAAAGGAAGGACUUCCUGGCCAUGUUCAUUCAUCACCUAGCCACAGUGGGCUUGAUCAGCUUCUCCUACGCCAACAACAUGGUGCGGGUGGGCAGCCUGGUGAUGUGCGUGCACGACGCCUCCGACAUCCUGCUAGAGGCAGCCAAACUGGCCAACUAUGCCAAGUAUCAGCGGCUGUGUGACCUCCUCUUCAUCGUUUUUAGCCUUGUGUUCUUCAUCACGCGGCUUGUCAUAUAUCCACUAUGGUUGUUGAACUCCACCAUGUUUGAGAGCUGGGUCAUAGUGGGCCCCUUCCCGUCGUGGUGGCUCUUCAACUUCUUAUUGCUGGUGCUGCAGGUGCUGCACAUCAUCUGGUCGUACCUCAUUGCACACAUCGCCAUCAAGGCCAUCCUGAGGGGCAAGAAGCAGUUUUCGGUCAUCUUCUCCUUCUGGAACGACAGACUCCAUCUUUCUAUCAGUCUUUGUCCUUUAAGCCUUCUUCUUCUCUCACUUCUUUCUGCACACUUUUUUUCUGGCUGUGUGCAACGACGUGCGCAGCGACAUCGAGAGCAGCUCCGGGGAAGAGUCGCCGGCGGCAGAUCAAGUGAAGACGACGCGAGGGGAGAACGGCACCAACGGCCACUGCGCCUCUGCCGCCAGGAGCAGACCCCACAACCACAGCGACUGCUGAGCUAAAGACCCGUCCUCACGCGUGACGUUUUUUAACGCUCGCCCUCAGUGAACUUGAUGAUGCCGACGGCCCCACAGGCCAAGAGGUCACACGUAAAACACAGGCGACGAGUGCGUUCGGAUGGUGGCCACUGGGCCUAACAUGGGGACCUCUGCUUAGUGAUCAUCUUUGCAUUUCACACAGUCUCGUUUGGCACAAGUGCUUGUAAUUUAAUUUAGCCGGCCUGUCUCGUGUUACUUUUAUAUUACCGUUUUUAACUGUGACCACAUAGGGAUGAAUUAGGCGCUGCCUGUACUGGUUUCAGGUACAUGGACCAACAUGUCUUCUCAUACCACUGCCUUCUCCAAAUAUAUAUUUUCUUGGUAAAAGAUGCUGUUCUUCAUGCGGUGCAGUUACACCUUUAAUAUGGUACACAUACAGCAUUGCAUCCCAAAUGUCCUGCAGGGAAUAACAUUAACAUUAAAAGGGUGGGGGUUACAGUGGUACAGUCGAUCAGUCCUUAAUAACUUCCGGAUCCUGGUUUUCAGCAGCCAGCUGGAGCUGCUUCUGCCUCUGCAUGAAGCGGUAACCCCUCAUGGCGCACAGGUAGCCCCCGUAGAUGGUCAGCAGCAUCAUGGAACCCGAAAAGGCCCGAUAUCCGAUGUCUGCGAGGCGCUUUGCCGUUACCAUGACGACAACCUUUAAAAGGUAACCUGGAAGAAUAGAACAAGUCAGGUCAGUUCUUGUCUUGAAAUUUUAAUUGCCAAUAGUAGUAUCAGUAUAAUUAUACAUUACCAGUGGCAAAUCACGACCGUUCAAUUCUACAGCUGUACAAAUUGUAAAUUCCGGGUGUGAGACCGGAUGUGAUAACGUCACAACAGACGCAAACUAUAACAUACAGCGAACAUUUUCAGAAUCCUGUUGUUUAUACAACUAAUCUGAGAAAGAAUUAAUGUUCUGUUUUAAAUAUUAAACAGGUAAUAUAAGUAAAUAGAUAAGAACACUGGGAAAAUGCACCUGUUUAAUAAACUCAAACAAGUCUGUGUAAAAGCAUAACACUGGCUAAGGUAUCAGACACUUAUUUUACCAUAAAGCACAACACUGAACUUGUACGGCUUAUCAUGUUACAUUGCAUUUAACAGUACUUUCACUUCCUGAAAACAUUACAGCUAAUCAAUUUUCUAGCCAAACGCGUGACGUUCAAUCCAAACAUUUGAGCUGACGUAGAAAAAGUCAACGUGCAGCGACUAACCCAACCAGUUAAAAAAACACUUACCUGUUUAAAUUCCAAAUAAAGUUAGCGUUCAGUUUGUGGGAGCUCAAUGUCAGCAGCUACAAGCACGAUUAGCGGAGAUGCUAACAGUUGCUUUCGUAAGCUACGGAAGCCGAGGAGAUAAUAGUCUACGCUUCUUUUCACCAACAUCGAACAGCGCCACCUAAUGGUCACGAGCUAAAAUAGGAGAUCGUUAUUAUACUUUCCGUAGCAUGCCCUGCGCUGGUUUGGCCGCCAUGAUGGUGAGCAGAAACCAGGUAUCAUAUUGUAAACAUGUCCUCCGCACACUGCUCAGCCAUUAAUUGCUCUAAUAGACGGCCCAAAAGACGUUCCCCAAAAACAUAGACAGGCAUGUGUCGUAAAAAUGUUGUAGAUUUAUAACACUGGUUGUUGUAAACAAACAAGACAGUGGACAAGACUCAUUAAGUGUAUAUGGUGUGUGACUCCCACACAAUGUAGCUUUCAGCUAAUCUGUUUCUAUGGGUGAAUAGAUGACACCAAGCCUACCUAUAAAACCUGUGGGUGGCCAACUAAAGCUCUUUUUUUGCCAUGACCUCGUGGUUGGCGUAAUGGCUCAAUAGUGCGCUCCCACACUCCUGGGCUAUAUACAUAUACAUAUACAUAUACAUAUACAUAUAGGGCAGAGCCUCACGGUAUUGACCAAUGCACAUUGUCUCACACUCGGAAAUAAACGGCGUCACUGUCUGCAACAAGCUCCAAGGCCCCUGUUAAUUACCACAAAUAAACUCAAGAUAGAGCUCAGGAGACCUGCACCACCCGGGUUACACGGGCAGGUUAGUGUGGCCGACUUGGUGUUUUGAGUGCCGCAUCCAGCGGCGCUCCUAACCGAGGAAGGUCUCCCUCUACUGGUGGGAAUAACAAAGCACUCUUAAUUGUAUCUUCUUUUAAUACAGUUGAUCAGUAUGGUUAGUUUGAUAUAGUUGUGUUCCUUUUGUUUUGUAUUACUUUGCAUGUAUUUUUUGUUCAUAUUGGUUGCUGUGUUUUGUGUGAUUUAUUUUGUUGUAUUGGUUCAUAAUCCAUUACAUUACAGUGUCAACGUGUAUUUUAUUCCCGAAAGGCCUAUAGUGUUUUUAUUGUUGUUAUAAAAUAAAGUCAAUGUAUUUUUUACAGCCUCAGUCUGUAUGUGGUGUCCGACGUGUGGCGGCCUUCAAUUAAGUUUGUCAGGGUUGUGGGGGCCCUUUCUUCCCCAGUGGCGUUGUCUGUGUGAAUUAUCUUUUACUCAAACGGAUAAACUGCCCCCCUCUGGCCACACAUAUAAGUAUUUUUAAAUCAAAUUUCUGUUCUUUAUAACCCGAUUGUUUAAAAUCAAUUUAUUGGAAUGGCAAUUAAUGGA